CUAUUACAUUAUCGUCCACAAUCGCUCAAGAUUUUAAGGAAAUUGGACAGUCAGUUGGCGAAGAUGAGGUAGUUCGCAAAAUUCCCCAGGACAUAUCAACUAGAUGGAAUAGUACCUACCUUAUGUUAACAGUUUAUACGUCUAUGCCUAUGACAAUAGCAGCAGUUAUGAAGCGUCAUAGUAAUCUUGCCUAUUAUAGGCUUAGUCAAGAAGAAGAUUCUGAUCUUCAAGCUAUAACCCGGUUUUUACAACCGUUUUAUGAAAUUACAAAUAUACUUUCUGGUAGUACAUAUAUAAUAUUGAGCCUUUCUGCUUUAUUAAUAGAUGAUAUAAUUGAU